AUGGAAGGCCGAGGAUUGACUCUCCGGAGUAAAUCUCGUCGUCAACGCCCUCAAAUCAGUGCUCCGAAACCAAUCUCAAGUCCCUUGCCGCCCAACACCAGAGCCCCCGAUGCCGGCCAGAACAGUAUCCCCGCUGGCAAGGACCGAGCUCAGAGCGAUGCCACCGCCGAUUUGGUAAAAAGACGAUACUCUACCAGAUUCAAUAACCCAGGAGAUAUCGAUGUUAGUGCGCCUCCAGUCCCUGCACUCCCCUCGUCAGUGCCUGGGGGUGGAUAUGGUGGGCUGCCGGCGCCCACUGCCCAGAGGGGACCAUCGCCAGCGAAUGGGGCCCCCUCCUCAUCACCCAAAGUAGAUUUGAAUGCCCUACGAGACCCCAGUCUACCGGUGGAACGAUACGUGGCCAGUCUCCUUGCGAACGCGUCCGAGGAAGAGAUCCAAAGUUACCAGCAGAGCCUUCGCAAGGUCAAAAACCGAACCUCCACCGACCUCCAACAGAAUGUCUACCAGAAUCGCACGCAGUUUAUCAAGAUUAGUAAAGAGGCCGAGAAGCUCAAGGACGAGAUGCGGACCCUUCGGACCCUCAUGGCGGAACUCACCAAUGCGCUCGGACAGACGACCGUGGGAAACAGUCCGAAUCCCAUGUCUCCAGUUGACGACCAGUUCCCGAAGCGAAACGCGAACCGCAGUUCUGUCGCCAAUUUGGAAAGCAUGUGGAGUGUCCAGCUGCAGACAUUGUGGAAAAGUGUGGAGGGCUCCCAGAAGUUCCUGCCUGCUGUGCCUGGGCGACACAUUGUGCUGGAGACGGGCCACUGGGCCGAGCUGGACUCGGCCACUUGGAAGCCGAAACGACCGGUUCAUAUCGUCUUGUUGAACGACCACUUACUGGUGGCCGCCAAGAAGCGCAAGCGUAUGGACCAAAGCCACCCUGCUCACCAGGGACCAAUCCCCACCAAACUGGUUGCGGAAGAGUGCUGGCCGCUGCAAGAUAUAGACAUGAUCGAUUUAGCAGCCAACCUGGGAACUGGCGCCGCGCGCGAGGAGGCCCUGGAUCGUGGUAUUGCCAAUGCUAUUAGCAUCCGCGUGGGAUCUAAGCCAUUUACCUAUCGCCAGGACAAACGUGAUACAUCUACCAAGAACGAACUGCUUGCGACGUUCCGUAAGACUGUGGAGGAUCUGCGACGGAACUUGCGUUCUGAGACUGAAGCUGCGAGCAAGCCUCUGGAAGCCUUUGGAUACCUCACCGGACGACACACAUCAUAUUCUCCAAAGGUUGAUCAGUUUGAGUUGACGGAUGGUCCACGCGACAAGUCAGAUGUGCGCAUUGAUGUGGAUGGGAAGCAACAGAACCUCCGCUGGGUGGAGGGACAAGUUGACGAGCUUGAUAUUGAUAUCGCGCUACAACGGUUCGAGGCCGCGGUGUCUAGUAUCGAACGACUUCGAAAGCUGGCAAAGGGACUGAAGGGAAAUUCCAUUGCCCAGGAUGUGAUCAAUCUGAAGGUUGAUGGACGUGCAACUCGACUCGCCGGAAUCCUCUCUCGUGCGCUGGUUGACACUCAUUCGUUCCCCACUGCGACCAAGACCAAUGUCUCCUGGCUGAGUCGUUUAGGAUUUGAGGACCAGGCCCGUGAAACCUACCUAAAGGCUCGAACUGACAUUAUUGGCAAGCGUAUUCGGGCUUGCGUAUUUGAGGGUGACCUUCCCCUCUAUAUCUUCCAGAUCUCAUACGUAUACUUCAGCCUCAUUAAGAACACCGUUGGAAUUUAUCAGCAGUGCUUCCCUAGCUCAAUUUCCAGCUCAUCUAUCCGCUGGGCGAAGCAGCAUUUGGACGGAUUCAACGCCUUGCUCAGUCGCCAGCUUAGCAGUGUGCAGCGGGGGACAUCAAUCUAUGAUAAGUGCCAGGAUAUUGUGCAUGAACAUGCUGCACAAUUGAACAGUGUGGGUAUCGACUUUACAGACUUAGUGGGUCAAGGUCUGGAGGAUCCAAAUGAGAGCAGUCCACGGGCUAUCCAGCCGGGUGAGCUUGCCGCGGUAUCUACUCUGGCCAAUCUAUAG